CAGCAUUUCAUUAAAAUGAGAAUUACCUGCCUGAACACUUAAUUCUAGUUUCACUAUAGCUGCUGCAUGUCUCAUUGCAUGUGUAUAAAAUAUAGGUUGCAGCUGACUGUUUGACUCCAAAACCCACCCCUCCACACCCUUUGGUAUUCCCCACGAUCUUCCUGGUCGUGCUUGCUGUUUUAAGGUAAAGGAAGCACAGAGUAUUUGAAACGAUUGGAUGUGCAUGUGUUGAAAUGGCUGCUGUGGUGCUCUGCUGGAUUUCACUGACUUUUGGCUUCCUGGGGUCUGCAUCUGGAGUGUCUGAACAUGUCUCAACUCAUUCUGGGGACAACGUCGUGCUGCCGUGUCGCGCUCCCAAAGAUGCAAAACUCAUGGUUCUGGAGUGGAACAAAUCUGACCACGAUAAACUUGAGUAUGUCUUCUUGUACCGGGAGGGGCAGUUCGAUCCAGAGAACCAGCAUCCAUCCUUUAAGAACCGCGUGGAGCUGAGGGACAAACAGAUGAAGAAUGGAGACAUGUCUCUGAUUCUGAUUAAUGUGACAAGCAAAGACAUGGGGACAUAUGAGUGUCGUGUCGUACAGAGAGGUUUGAGAUCUAAUCUGCCCACUGAUCCCAUCAAUGUCAUCAACCUAGAAGUCACUAAUAUUGGUCAGGACUUUGGACCUGAGGUUCAGAAAACCAUUACAGGAGGACAGCGAGAUGAAAAAGUGCAAGAACACGCUGGGCUGAUGCUGUGUCAGUUUGUGUUCUUACUCAACUUGCUGUUGUGAAACACAACAGACAACAACCCAGUGGACUGAGCUGGGUUCAUCCUCACUCACUUCAUGCCUAUGCUGUUGUACCUGUACCAGCUUUACCGUAUAUACAAUAAUCCAUUACCUUGCGUUUGCUUUUGAUGGCUGUUGAUGGGAACCAUAACACAGAAUAGCACUGUACUGUUUGAGUUUCUUUGAAUCAUUAAUAAAUGUUUGGUUUAGUACUGUAA